AAUCACCAACGAACUCGGUACUUUCUACUUUGUACAGCCGGGUGAAGACUGGGCUUUCUCUUUCUUGCAAUAAUCGCUAUGCAGCAGGCUGGAUGAUGCCCAAUGUCCCCUCCUUCAACUCAUGAUGCCGCAUUUCAUGACCUGGCCCAGAUCCUUUCAGCUGGAUACCAAAACAACGAGGUUCUCGAGAUCGAGAUACUUCCUCCGGGUCUAGGUCCCCUCCUACAGGAUGGUCACUCGGUUGGCAUCACCAAGAAGUACCUAGUCCAGGCUUUCGUCACAGCACGACGCAAUUUCUUCGGCGCUUUGAACGGGAAAUCCCUCGAUGGGCCUGAGCAUGAGAACAGUACCUCACCACCUGGGCACGGGAAUUACGCUUCGGACGAACUCCUCCUUGUGUCCACAGAGAUUAUUCUCCUCUUUGACUGCGAGCAUUUGACGGCAUGCAACUGGCGCAAAAGACGCCUGGCUGCGUCUAUCCUGCGCCACAAUCUCGCCGACUCUGAUAAGGGGCGUCUUCGGUCGCUCGUCGAUGCUUUGAGCAAGGAACUCUCCUUGACCACGACCUUUCUCUGCUCUCCAUUGCAUCGACACACCAAAUCCCCGACCUUAUGGAAUCAUCGCUUAUGGCUCCUGACUCGCUUGAUGCGCCUUCAACGGCUGCCCCAAGGGCAGCUGGAUAAGCUCUCACACGAAGUGAUCCCAGGGAUCUUGAAUGACGAACUGACCAUAGUCCUUCGGGCUGGAGAACUCCACCCUCGGAAUUACUACGCCUUUACUUAUCUAAGGGAGGUCAUCGGUGCCGCAUUGGGGACAGGUGAUGGUGGUCAAGAUGCCUCUACUCUACUGGCUGAAUCUAUGAUACAGAAAGCCCUGCAGUGGUGUAUCGCCCACCCUGCCGACAUAUCCGGAUGGGCGUUUACUGAGUUCUUAGUCGCAAAAAUUCCCCAAUAUCAAAUCCGCAGUGGCGUGGUGCGUCAGGUGAUACAAUUCGCCCUGGAUAUCGGUUGGGAGGGCGAGAGUCUGUGGAUAUUUGUGUACUCCGCGUCAAUAGACCUAGAGGGCAAUUGUCUGGCCAAGGAUAAACAAUGGGCGUCUCAGUGGGAUGCGUUGCCGGAACCUCCGCUACCAAGAAUAAGGUCGAAUGGUGGCUGGAAGGUCUGGCUGGAUUGGGCCAGGGCUGUCUGGGCCAGCAGCAGCCCAGCGGUCAAUUAGGACAAUGGUCAGCCGUUCAAAUAGAGAGGCGCAAGGUUAUAGGCUCCAGCAAUGGGUCGUGCGUGUUCUUGGACAUGGAGUAUGCGUACCUCGUCGCAUCAUACACCUAUACAUGUGAACCAUGAGGAUGUUGCAUGACUGUGCGGGAGCCUCUUGAAAACGCUAAAUGUGACCAACUUUAAUGAAAUCCUCGCUAGCUACCAUGUCCUCAUAACAUGCUUCCAAUCGAAAACGGUUGUCUCCAUCACGUUGAAAAGCCCGAGGCCGUGCGAAAUAGUCGCAUGCGCUCUAUCGUAGCCCUGCGCCUCACAGGCAGACCAACUCAUGAAGUAUGCACGAGCCCGAAUAGUUAUAGCCAAAACAGGGGUGUCAAAAAGCAUGGUCUGGGAAGGAUAUAUAGUGAGGUACUCGGUGCCCGGACUGCGCGGCGACGAAGUGGCGGACA